AGGAAUACUGAAGGAAAAGGAUGGGGAGGACGCUCCCUGCCAGACGGCCUUAUUUCAUAGCUAUGAAACAUUAAAAGCAUCUGAAAAUCCGUCAGUAAAUUCUGUCCCGAGAGAGUUUCCUCCAGGGACAUCCUCAGAAUCAGGUGUGCGCAAAGAUUUACCAGAUUACAGCAGCUUCACUGGAGCUAAGAUGUUAGGAAAAGGGUUACAAAAUAAAGCUGCUGAAAGCAAUUGUUUUCUGAAUGUCAUCAUACAGGCCAGAAAAUCCUUGUGGCAUUUAAAACCGUUACGUGAAAAUUUUCCAAGAUCGCAUAAUCAUGUUGGGGACCCUUGUGCUGUAUGUGCAUUAUCUGAUAUUUUUACGGCUUUUAGCUCGCCAUCUACUAUGCAGACUGAAGCGGUUGAUCCUGCUGGUUUGAGAGUUGCUCUUAGCAAACUUGAUAUAGAAAACUUUCAACAGGGACAGAUGAAUGACGCUUCUGAAGUGUUGAUGCUGAUCCUUGAUUGCCUUCAUGAGUCAAUUACUUCUGAUUUAGGUGACACUGAAAGCAAUUGCACUUGUAUAAUACAUUCUCAAUUUGGGAUAAAAAUCUCUGAGCAGUUUAAGUGCUACAAAUGUCCUGCUGAUCAGACAAAUCCGCCGUCCACUUCAUUCAUGCACACCAUCAACGCUAAGGUGCUUCGAACACUUAAGAUUUUAUGCGGGGAAAUCUCUUUUGGCCAGCUUUUAAAACGUGCUGAGCUAAAUCUCCAAUCAGAAUGUGACUGUGGAAAACCCAACUACACUAACAAACUACUUUCAACUCCACACGUGUUCACAGCAUUUCUUGUUUGGGAAAGAGACCCCAGUGCAAUGGACAUAACAGCAACACUGGGAGCCUUGACCACCGAGUUAGACAUUGCUUACCUAUAUCAAGGGAUAGAUGUAGGGCACAUGUAUCAGCUAGUAUCAAUGGUUUGUUUUUCUGCACCUCACUAUUACUGCUUUAUACAAAGUCGGGAUCAAGAACGAUGGACAAUGUAUGAUGACAGCAACGUCAUGGAAAUUGGUGGAUGGGAUGAAGUUAUUCAACAGUGUCAGGGAAGGGGUUCACAACCUAAUGUUCUUUUCUUUGAGGCUGAUACUAAUAAUUGUUUUCUGAAUGUCAUCAUACAGUCCUUGUGGCAUUUAAAACCGUUACGUGAAAAUUUUCCAAGAUCGCAUGAGCAUGUUGGGAACCCUUGUGCUGUAUGUGCAGUAUCUGAUAUUUUUACGGCUUUUAGCUCGCUAUCUACUAUGCAGACUGAAGCAGUUGAUCCUACUAUUUUGAGUCGUUUGAGAGUUGCUCUUAGCAACUUGUCUCCUGAUAAAAAAAACUUUCAACAGGGACAGAUGAAUGAUGCUACUGAAGUGUUGAUGCUGAUCCUUGAUUGCCUUCAUAAGUCACUUACUUCUGAUUUAAGUGACACUGAAAGCAAUUGCACUUGUAUAGCACAUUCUCAAUUUGGGAUAAAAAUCUCUGAGCAGUUUAAGUGCUAUAAAUGUUCUGCUGAGCGGACAAAUUCGCUGCCCACUUCAUUCAUGCACAACAUCAGCGCUAAGGUGCUUCGAUCAUUUAAGAGUAUAUGCGGGGACAUCUCUUUUGGCCAGCUUUUAAAACUCUCUGAGCUAAAUCACCAAUCAGCAUGUCCCUGUGGAAAACCCAAGUAUACCAAUAAAUUACUUUCAACUCCACCACAUGUGUUCACAGCAGUUCUUGAUUGGGAAAGUACAUGGGAGAGCGCAGAUGACUUAUCAGCAACCCUGGAAGCCCCAACCACUGAGUUAGAUGUGGCUUACCUGUAUCGGGGGAUAAAUGUAGGGAGUGAAUAUCAUCUAGUUUCAAUGGUUUGUUUUUCUGCACGAGAUUAUUACUGCUUUACACGCCGCCAACAAAAGCAGUGGACAGUGUAUGACAGCAUAAGUGUUAAGGUAAUUGGCAAUUGGGAUGACGUUGUUCACAAGUGUGAGGAAAGUCAUUCACUACCUCGAGUUGUUUUCUUUGAAGCUAUUCUACAGUCAUAAUCGCGGACUGUGAGACUUGCAAUAUUCUAUUUAAUCAGAGUAAAAUUUGAAGGUGGUGGGAAUUAGUGAGGAUUUGUGAUCUGCAAGUUAAAUUCACUGUAAUUUUUCCACAUUUUGCAAGAGACCCCUCAUUUUAUCUCUACCCUUUUGGAAGAACUUCAACAGUUAGGAUGUUUUCACUCGGUGUUCAUUUAAUCCCAGCUUUUCUUGUUUGUUUGAAUGAAGUCA